AUGCGACAACCAGUCAUGCCAAUUCGCUCGCCCUUUGAGUCUUCCAUUGCGAAGCCGGGCCAGGGCAACGUCGUCCUCUCUCUCCUCCCUCCGAAUAACCCAACUCUCACCACUCUCACCUAUAAAUACCCUUUAAAGCUGGUCCCCCGAGCUCCCGGCUUCGUCCCCAGCCCAGAUCCCUCGACUCUUUCCGAAUCCUGCCCCUCACGGCCGGUACAUCUCUACCUUCUCACCUAUGGUGGUGGCCUACUGCCAGGUGAUCACAUCGAGGUGUCGAUCAAGCUUGAAUCCCGAACGCGAAUGGUGGUGACCACUCCGCAGGGCAGCACCAAGAUCUUCAAGACCGAUCCUACCUCAGACAAUGGUCUGAGUGUGAUCAAGGGCCACCGCAAGAAGAUGCCCGCCAACGACCAUCUGUCAGAUAUGAGCCAGCAAUCACUAGAUGUGCGGAUUGGUCGUCAAGCUGCCCUGUGCUACCUGCCAGAUCCGUCUGUGCCCUACAAGAACAGCCGGUACGCUCAGGUACAAACAUUCACGGUCGAUGCCACUGCCAAGGGUGACCAGCGCAGCAGUCUCUGUGUCCUGGACUGGGUCACGCAAGGUCGAACCUCACGCGGCGAGAACUGGGACUUCCGGUUUUGGCGCGGCCGCAACGAAGUCUGGGCCACCGACGAGAAGACCGGCAAGAGCCGCUUACUCCUUCGAGAUUCAGUGAUUCUGGACGAUGAGUCUGAGGACUUGAAUGAGUCAGACUCUGACAUUGACGACAUCGAGGGUGGCGGUUUAAAUAGCCACUCCAGCCGCGCCGACACGCCACCACCGCUGGCCGGUCUGGUGCCAUUGAACGUCAUCCAAGAACGUACUCGACCCCACGGUGUGGUCGGCACGCUGAUUUUGUCGGGCCCGGUGUUCGACAGCCUCGGCGCCUACCUCAUGCACCAAUUCAACUCACAGCCGCGCAUCGGCAGCCGGAAUUGGUCCGCCUCUGAAUCCGCACCUGAGCCCUCGCUCAGCACCAAAGGUGAUGUGACGUGGACAGCCGCCCGCGUGCGUGCCGGCUUCGUCCUGGUUAAGUUCGGCGCGAAGGACUUCGAGACCGCGAAGCACUGGCUCGGCGGACUGCUCCGCGAGGAGGGUAGUAUCGCGCGUGAAUUUGGCGAGGAAGCGCUCUUCUGCCUCUGA